AUGCGACGACACUCAUUAGGUCCCGAGAGUCUACGAAAACAGAUUAUCUCUGUGUUUACUCCAUCAUCACGCAAACGUCAAAAUUCAACAAAUAAUGAACCUAGCAGUCAUGCUAUAUCCAAUACUGGUCGACGUACAAGACGCUACAGUGUUCCUAAUAAAAAAUACUUAGAUUCAUCCAAUAAUAAUGGCGAACUUCAUACAAUUAAUGAAUUAAGAAAUACUUCGAUUUCUGAUGACUAUGAGCAUGUGAUUGAAAAUAUACGAUUAACUGGUUUAAUAAUGACAUGUGAUAGAAGAAAUACUUUAUUUGCACCUGUAAAUACAUUUAAUUUUACAUCAAAUGAUCGAGUACGUCGAUAUUCAACGCCUGAUAAGCAAGAUCUUGAAACAAUUUAUGAGAUUCUAAAUCAAACUUUACUUUAA